AUGGGCGAAAUCUACGACAACCACGGCACUAUGAUCAUCAUGUCUAUGGCGAACUUGGCAAUUGACUGGGCACGCAAAGGCCUGGAUGUUCAGAGUGUAACGCGUGGAAGUGGUCCUGAGAACACUCGUUCCAUGGAUGAGGCGUGGCAGCAUCUCAGGUGGCAGAGCAUGGUUUCGGUGCCGUUGCAAUGCGGAAAGAUGAUCGGCGAUGCCUAUGCGAUCAAAGUCAACAAUGUUCCCAAUGCCGCUGUGCCCAUCGAGAAGCUCACCAAGAAGGAGUGCCAGAAGAUUCUGCGUGGCGUGUGA